AUGGCGGCAAAGGAUGAGGUUCACGCAAAGUAUCGCAGUCCUCUCACUAGUCGUUAUGCCAGCCCCGAAAUGKCUUAUAACUUUUCUGAGGAUAAGAAGUUUUCUACUUGGAGAAAACUAUGGCUUUUCCUUGCAAAAGCUGAAAAGGAGUUAGGUUUAGAUAUCAAGGAAAGCCAGAUAUCAGAAAUGGAGGCAAACCUCACCAAUAUAGACUACAGUUUGGCAGCUGCUGAAGAGAAGAAAAGACGACAUGAUGUGAUGGCUCAUGUUCACACGUUUGGUGUCUGCUGCCCAAGUGCUGCUCCCAUCAUUCACUUGGGUGCUACAUCUUGCUAUGUUGGGGACAACACUGAUCUGAUUGUUUUAAGAGAUGCAUUCAGUAUAAUUCUUCCAAAAGUUGCUCGUUGUAUCCAGAGACUUUCAAAGUUUGCAGAUCAGUACAAAGACUUACCAACACUUGGAUUUACUCACUACCAACCUGCACAGCUGACCACUGUUGGCAAGAGAGCUUGUCUAUGGAUUUCAGACCUUCUAAUGGAUCUCAGAAACAUCCAACGAGCAAAGGAUGAUUUGAGGUUCAGAGGUGUCAAAGGAACCACUGGGACUCAAGCAAGCUUUCUUAGUUUGUUUGAUGGAGAUCAUGACAAGAUUGAAAAGCUGGAUGCUCUUGURACAGAAAUGGCUGGCUUCAAAUCAGCAUAUGUAGUGACUGGACAGACRUAYAGCCGUAAAGUGGAUCUGGACUGUCUGUCUGCACUCAGCAGCCUUGGAGCAUCAGUUCACAAGAUUUGCACGGAUAUUAGGCUUCUUGCCAACCUAAAGGAAAUUGAAGAGCCAUUUGAGAAAGACCAAAUAGGUUCUAGUGCUAUGCCGUACAAACGCAAUCCAAUGAGAAGUGAAAGRUGUUGUAGCCUGGCAAGACAUCUCAUGGUGUUGACUGGCAACACACAACAAACAGCUGCUUUACAGUGGCUCGAAAGAACCCUUGAUGAUAGUGCUAAUAGGAGAAUCAGUUUAGCUGAAGGUUUUCUCACAGCUGAUAUUAUAUUAAGCACUCUGCAGAAUAUCUCUGAGGGUUUGGUUGUAUAUCCAAAGGUGGUUGAAAGACACAUAAUGCAAGAAUUGCCCUUCAUGGCUUCAGAGAACGUCAUUAUGGCUAUGGUGAAGAAAGGGGGAAACAGACAGGAAUGCCAUGAAAAUAUUCGUGUUUUGUCACAAGAGGCCGGUAAAGUAGUCAAAGAAGAAGGUAAAGACAACGAUUUGGUGGAAAGGAUUCGUUCAUGUCAGUACUUUGCACCUAUUCACGAUGAACUCGAAUCGUUACUUGACGCCAGGACGUUUAUUGGACGCGCACCGCAACAGGUUGUUAGGUUCAUCAAAGAAGAAGUUUCUCCAGCACUUCAACCUUACCUAAACCAACUCGAAGGGUCUUGUACCAUUGAUGUGUGAAUGAAUCAUCUCUGAUUGUAUUGAGUCUGUACCCAAUCCACUCAUACUUGGUUUGGACCAUUGAUUCAGCGAAGAAUACAGCGUCAUGGGAAAUAAUUCAGGGACAUUGCAGCACUUUUGAAAAAUUACAUAUCAAGCUCGUUUCGAGAAACUUUGUCGCGUGUUGAGCCUGCAAGCGAGUGGCGCAGGGGAUUAUUGGUACUUUGGUGUUUAUUACUAGUUACAUUUCAGGUUUUUUUAUCAUUUUCAAUUGUAGUUGUGUUGGUCGAUUUAUAAUCCUCCAUUAACUCCUGUACCACUAGCUUGAAGGCUGCACGAGAGGCAAAAUUUGUCAUCUACAUAUGCAAAUCAAGAAAAAAAGUACAAGAUGGACAAAAGCUCACGGAAUUUGGUUUUACUUUAGAAAAAAAUAUGAUAAUCGAGAUAAAAAAUUAUAGAAUGAAUAAAAUUUGUAAAUUGCU